AUGGCCAGCGACGACAGCCACGGCAACGUUUCCACGAUGGCCGCCCAAGAGCCUCACGCGGACCCUGAGUUGCUGCCGCUGCCGGCGUCGCCGAUGGAGGCCAGGAACACGGAGGAGUUCGCCAACAUCUUUGCACGUUUCGUUCGCCUGGCUCGUUCGCCUGGCCUGUUCAGGUCUCUCACGCCGAGAGGCUCAAACGUCUUCGUGAUGAACGUGCGAUUGGGGGGCGAGUUCCCGGGGGCAGGCGGCGUCGGAGCGGACAGCGGAUUCGUCGGCGUCCCGGCGUCGGGCGAUGCCAUGGCUGCUCUGCCGGAGACGACGGUGGGCGAGGGCGGGGCUGGGGAGGAGGAGGAGGAGUGCGCGGUGUGCCUCGAGGGCUACGCGGCGGGCGACACGGUCAGGACGAUGCCGUGCUCGCACGGCUUCCACGGGCACUGCAUCCUCCGCUGGCUCGCGGCCAGCCGCCUCUGCCCGCUCUGCCGCUUCGCGCUGCAAGCUGAAGCCGGGACGGGUUGA